AUGACCUGCAUCAUCCGUCAUUCAAUGAUCCUCUUGACUGCGACUAUUGCCCUGAUCUUGCUUAAUGUCCACUUCUGUAGCUGCUGUAAGUCGACAAUUUCUGACAAUUUCCUCCCUAUUUUCAGCUGGAUUCGUGCUAGCUGUUAAGCGACAUACCAACAUCGACCUUGCUUACGAGGUGCCAGCAUCCUCCCGGGUAUGUAAAAUGUCGAAAUUUGCUUUAUUAGAAACUGUAAAUUCGAAAUAUUCAUGUGGUUUUCUCCUUACAGUUCAAUUCUUCGGCAUCAGGAUUUGUGCAUGGAACGGCAAGGCAUCCCUGCGAUCCUUCGAUUAAAUGUGUAGAAUUCUAUCCAAGUGAGUUGUUGAGCCUUUUACAUUUUGUCCCUUUAAAUUCGCAAACACAAACUGACACAUCCACGACACAAAUGCAAUUAAAUGCGGUCGCUUUCUGAUCGAUGCUCAGAUCACUUAUGGUACUCUACAAAUAGUGCUUUCUAAUAUAAGAUAUAGGUAAUUGGUGAAAUGUUUUUUUCUGAAAAAGGAAGAAGAAGUUUUCUGAUCAAUGACGGAACAUACGGAAACUACUCUGCGGUUAUUCUAACACCCGAAAAUCCUGAAAAGGCAAAAAUUGCGAUCGUCGUAGUGAACGCAAGGGACUUCUUCCCAGGUAUAUAGUCCAAAUUUUAAAAUAAUUCGUGAAAUGUGAAGCUCGUUAAUAAAACCAAACAACAGGGACAUCUAAACCAAACAUAUGUCAUUUCCAUUUCACAAAUCACAUUUCUCUUUUCUUGUCAGAGAUCCGCGGUGUCCAUUACAUAAAACCCAUUGUCGCACAACCGGGCUAUGCGAGACCAGUUGCUGUUGUCAUGGAUGAAAAUAUAAAGGUACCAAAAGACCACCUUCAUUUCAAUUAUGCUGAAAUAUUUUUGAGAUUUACAUUUCACUUAGUUAUUCAUCUGUCAAGGUCAAGAUUGAAGCGCAAAAUGUUAAAUGAACCAAUGAUCUUUUUUCAAGGAGAUUAGGCUGCUGGGAAAUAUUAGCAGAUAUAGGUCGUCUUCAAGCACGAAGGGGCUGAAAAUAAUUAUUCCCUAUGGUAAGUUGCGCUCUACGUUGCAAUGCUUAAGAUCCGACGGAGAUGAUUAAUUUCACUUUCUAUUUAAGAACCAGUCGACGGUAAGAACUAUAAAAUCAUGCGAGUAACAGGACGUGCGGAGACAGAGAACCUAGCCUUUUCUCUGAAAGAUGACGCUGGGAACAAAAAAACCUACCACUUUCUGGUCUCCGAGGGCGCACCCAUCUUGAUGUAUCCCACACAUUUUCUCAAAUGGCCCAACAUGUACAAAACAUCAGGCUCAUUGCAAAACUUCAAAUGCAGCCUGUUUCUUACAAUAUUUCUGAUUAUGGCUGUGCUCUUAAACAACCACUAA